CAGCUUGCUCGACGGCCCCAAAUGCCGGUCAACAAGAUCACUGGCAUUCCAACACGCUCCUACUGAGACAAACCAGCAUCUCACUUCUUCAAAGUACCUACACCAGAUCAAACUCUUCUCUUCAACAUGAAGUCCUUCGCCUCUGCUCUCGCUGUCAUCAGCGUCUUCUUGUCCUCCGCUCUAGCCACACCUAUCGAGGCUACGACCGAGGCCGCCGAGGCUGUGAGCGUGUCGGUCUCCUACGAUACUGUCUACGAUGUCGGCACCCAAUCCAUUGACACCGUCUCCUGCUCCAACCUGAACUACGCUACAUUCGCCGAUAUCCCGGGAUUCCCCAACAUCGGGGGUGCGCCCACCGUCUCGGGCUACGGCAGUCCCAACUGUGGCCAGUGCUACCAGCUAACCUACGGCACCACCUCCAUCUACGUGACGGCGAUUGAUGCCGCCCCCGGUGGCUUCAACAUCGCCCAGGCUGCCAUGAACAGCCUGACCGGCGGCCAGGCAGUUCAGCUGGGUCGCGUCACGGCGACUUACACCGAAGUCGAUUCCUCGCUCUGUGCAUGAGCAAUCGCAUGUACAUGUUGUUAUCUGCAUGGUAAUCAACGAGUGAUGCAGGAUAUGUCGUUAUGUUUCGGGUUUAAUGUCUUUUGAAUACUCUAAUACUAGUAAUGUCAAAUAUUUGCAGGAAACUAGUCUACAAUGGUACCAUUCACGUGAUCACGGAGGGAAG